AUGCUGAAAACUCGAAGCAAGGCACAGUUUAAGCAGUAUAAACCAAGCAAGAAUGAAAAUAUUUAUGAUGAAAAGGUAAAAGAUAUGAGAACAAACGAAGAGGAAGAAGAAGAAGAAGAAGAAGAAGAAGGAAAAGGAGGAGAAGCAGAAGAAGACACCGAAGGUGGAUGUUUUGGAGUAAAUGAUUUUUUGUGUUACAAAGAAAAUUCUAAAGUUUUAAGAAAAUUUUUCUUAUUUGUGUUGUUAAUUAUAUUAUCUCCAGCAAUUUUAAUUCUGUUGUAUAAAUACAUGUUUGUGUAUUGUUUAAGCUUAUCUAAAAACAAGUCUUUAUUGUUUAGUCUUUAUUUCGUAAUUUUAUAUAUUGUAUCAUUAACCUUACUAUAUGCUUAUUUAGCUUUUAAUGAAAACAACAAUAACGUUGAGGAUGGAAUAACAAAUCAAAACAAAAAAAAGAAGUGA